UUUCCAAGCUUUGCGAUGCAUUAGCCGGGAGUAAAUUAGGUUUAAACUUAAAAGCGCCCCAAGAUGACUUAUCGAUCGAUGUCGAAGCGUGAACUUGUAAAUUCACUUAGGCUGCUUGAGCUGCAAACAUCAAAGAGUUCCUAAAAUCCUUGGCGACUUGGAGCAUGAGUUUUCAAACAAAAACUUGACAACAUUCAGUUUACUAGAGACGUGAGUACUCAAAUCAAAAGGGGAUGAUAAAGGCUGACGGGAAGAAAAAUCAGGAUGCAAAAAGCGAACAUUUGCGCCCAUUCUCGUAUAAUAAAUAGGAAAAUGCCGCGUUCGGUGUGCGACCAGAGGGAGCGAGGAGUGAGUUCAUCUCGCUCCGGAUCUUUACCGAGUUCGGGAGCACGGGAACACGUUCGGUUCAGUCCCGGUUUCGACGCCGUCUCGCCAUCACGACGAUGACGACGACCGAGUUCCCUCCCGUGAUCGAUCUAAACGUUGGCGGAGUUAUUUACACGACGACACUCAAAACUUUGACCAGUCACCCGAAUUCGAAGCUUUAUCGCAUUUUUACCGGGUCGGAAACGGUCGACCUCGAUUCGAAAGGACGGUUCUUCUUGGACGUCGAUGGGGUUCUCUUUAGAUACGUCCUGGACUUUAUGCGUGACGGCCACAUAAUCCUGCCGAACUGUUUUCGAGAAAAGGAAAGACUGAAAAGCGAGGCGGAAAAGUUGCUCCUCCCUAGACUGGUAGAGGCGAUCGCGAGCGAAAAUCGCAUCAAACCACCCGGCGUGAUCACCGUGGGAUACCGGGGCAGUUUUCAGUUCGGCAAGGACGGUCUGGCGGACGUGAAGUUCCGCAAACUAUCCAGGAUUUUGGUGAGCGGACGGGUGGCCCUCUGUCGGGAGGUGUUCGGCGAGACGUUGAACGAGAGCAGGGAUCCAGACCACGGACAAUCCGAGCGCUACACUUCCAGGUUCUUCCUGAAGCACUCCUUUUUGGAGCAGGCCUUCGAUAUGCUUGUCGAACAGGGAUUCAAAAUGGUGGGCAGCUGUGGAUCUGGUACUGCCGGUGGUGGUACCAAUGAUCUGAAACCGGGAGUGGACGCGGAGGAGAACAGAUGGAACCACUACAAUGAAUUUGUCUUCGUUAGAGAAUAAGUCUUUUUAACGCUCUACUUUCUUAAACGAAUUUAACUCUUUUGUAGGUUAUGUUGAUUUAAAUGGAAAACAGUAUUAAUAGUAUAUAGACACUCCAACGAAACAAAGAUAUCAUACCUAUAAAAUAUCAUUCUUCUUAGAUUAUAUCCAUGAUGUAUAUUCCUGACACAAUAAUAAAUUAUAUUACCUAAA